AUGACUCAAAACACCGAUAUCGAGUUGGUCAAGACCACUAAAGACAACGACACGGGAAAGCCGGAAAUGGAGAUUCGAGAGGGAGAGGUGAUUCUACAGGAUGGUCAGAUCGCCGACUUUCAGUACCAACUCACCCCUGAAGAUGAUGCCCGCAUCCGUCGAAGGAUUGAUUACUGUCUUAUCCCCAUCAUGACCGUUACCUAUUGCCUCCAAUUUAUCGACAAAAAUACAUUAGUAGAUGCUGCUGUUCUCGGUAUGACCCAAGAUUUACGUGCUACAGGCAAUGAAUAUUCGUGGGCGGGCAGCAUCUUCUAUAUCGGCUAUCUUGUUGCUUGUUACCCACUCGCUUUCCUCAUGGUAAAGCUUCCCCUUGGAAAGGUCCUCGCGGCCACAAUGGUCGGCUGGGCCAUAGUACUCCUUUGCACAGCUGCACUUGAGAACGCUGCGGGCCUUCUUGCCGUGAGGUUCUUUCUCGGCGCCACCGAGUCGGCUAUAUCACCGGGCUUCAACAUGGUGACGGCCAUGUGGUACAAGCGCAGUGAGCAAACCUCUCGCAUUGGCGUGUGGUUCCUAGGCAACUCGAUUGGCGGGUUCGUCGGCAGCAUAAUCUUCUACGGCAUGGGGCAUCUGAAGUCCUUCUCUUCAUGGAGGGCGGGCUUCCUUGUUGUCGGAAGCAUCAACCUGCUCUGGGGAUUGUCAAUGGUGUACAUUUUCCCGGAUACGCCCAUGACAUCCCGCUUUUUGAACAAGCAGGACCGGAAAAGGGCGAUCGCCCGUGUCCAAGAGAACAAGACCGGCAUAAAGAACAACAAAUUCAAGAUUGACCAGGCUCUUAUUAGCUUAAAGGACCCUUUGUGUUUAUUGAUCUUUCUGCUUCAAGUCACUGCCGCUAUCCCCAAUGGAGGCAUCACCAAUGCAAGUCGAAGAUCUCUUCAGAUCAAUCUUAUUACGUCCCUCAUUAUCAAGGGAAUCGGUUUUGGAACGCUUGAAACCAUUCUGCUCAAGAUGGCCACAUAUGGGUUCCAGGUGAUUUUCAUUGGAAUGGGUAUCGUCGGUUGUCAGUACAUGAAGAAUGCCAGAAUACUGUGGAUGUGCAUUUUCAACUUGAUCUGCAUAGCAGGCGGGUUCAUGGUUCGUUUUCUACCCGUAGAGAAGCUGUGGCCGAGGUUCUUUGGAGUUUGUCUUAUGAUGUCAUUUGCGGCUGGUGUUCCUAUGAAGAUGUCUUUGGUAUCGUCAAACGUUGGCGGUUUCACUAGGAAGGCUACGGCAUUUAUCGGAUAUUGUGUUGGUAAUAUGAUAGGACCACAGAUGUUUAGUGCACGGGAGGCACCUACAUAUCCCUCCGGAUUUGUCGGAAUGAUAGGUUGUUGGGCAGCCGUUUUUGUUGAAGCGCUUAUCCUACUGUUUUACUUGAAACGAGAAAACCGAAGACGCGAUAAAUUACAAGCUCGAGAUAUUGGAACUCCUUCAGACUCUCAGGAUGACAUGGACAAUUUCUCGGAUAAGACGGACUUGGAGAAUCUCAGCUUCCGCUAUAUCUAUUAA